AUGUAACCAAUUUUACUGAAAUAACUGAUCUUAAUGCUAAAGUUACACGAGAUCUUGGUUCGGUUACAAUUCUUAUUAACAAUGCAGGCGUAAUUUUGUUGCGCAAUCCUUUAGAUCCUGCACCAGAGGAAGUGCAACGAAUGAUUGAUGUCAAUUUGACAUCGCACUUUUGGACGAAGACUGUGUUUCUGCCCACAAUGAAGAGGUUGCGAAAGGGGAACAUUGUUACAAUCAGUUCAGCGUCGAGUCUAUUACCCUUUGCCUAUCAUACCACUUACACUGCAACCAAAUUUGGUGCUACCGGCCAUAUGAAAGCAUUGCAAUUGGAAUUAGCUGUAGAGAAACAGCAUGACAUCCAUGUCACCACGGUAAUGCCAAUGUUUCUGGACACCAACGAUGAGGUGUCUGAACUUGCUUACAUUAGCAAGGUAAAUCGACUGUAUCCCUUGAUUAGAGGAGAAACGGUAGCUCGUCGGAUAGUUAAGGGAAUGCUCGCUGGGGAGAGGGAAAUAAAGAUUCCAUUCAUAGUGGAUCUUUUGCAUCGUAUUUUGAACUUACUUCCUCUCAGCUGGCAGGAGAGACUGGUUCUUUUAUUUGCCUCUAAUAUGUUUCUGUCGUAUAAAGAAAUCAGCUUGAAUGCUAAGAUCCCCAAACAGUGAUUUGACCAUUUAACU